AUGACACAUAAAGAAUCGUAUUUAAACAGAAAUAUUAGGCUUGAGUCUGAUUCAUUCACAAAAAAACGGCUGCUGUUGUCUACUCUAUCGAUGCAAUGUUCUUUCAUGCCGCUGUUUGACCUGCCCAUUAAUGAAUUGAGAGAAGAAAUAUUUAUUACGUUCCGGGAAUUUUUUGAAGGCUAUCCCAAGGAACUUUUAUCUUUUCGACUAGCUUUAAGACUUUUCAUCUAA